AUGGCGUCUUCGAAGAUGGUGGUGUCAACGACGAAUUCGGAUCUGCCGCACAGAGAGUCGUCUAUAUGUUCGCUCUCCACUCUCAUGGCCGACGACGACGACCAAAACGACGAGCAGCAAUCCAUGACCAUGGACGACAUCCUCAAGAACAUCUACACCACCGCCACCACCACCACCACCACCACCACCACAAACGACAUGGACGACAACAAUCAUCAUCAUGCGGAGCCCAGGACCGUGGACGAGGUCUGGAAGGAGAUCGUCGCCGGCGGAGUGGGAGUGGAGGAGGCGGCCGCGGAGGGCGAGGGCGGCGGGGAUCAGGUGCGGGCAGCUGCACCGGAGGAGAUGACGUUGGAGGACUUUCUCACCAGGGCUGGGGCGGUGAGGGAAGAUGACGUCACCGUUGGCGCCGGUGGGGUUCCGAUUGGGUACGGGCAGUUCCAGGUGCAGCCGCCGCCGGCUCCUGCUCAAGGGCAGGUGGUGUACGGAAACGGGACGACGACGAGUACGAGUGGAGGCGGCGGGGGAGGAGGUGGAGGUGGAGGAGGGAGAGCUGGGAAGAGGAGAGCUGUGCAGGAAGCUCCGCUUGAUAAGGCCACGCAGCAGAAGCAGAGGAGGAUGAUCAAGAACAGAGAGUCCGCUGCCAGGUCCAGGGAACGCAAGCAGGCUUACACGGUUGAGCUAGAAUCUCUGGUAACGCAGCUAGAGGAGGAAAAUGCGCGGCUAGUGAGAGAAGAGGCCGAGCAAAAGAAGGAGAGGUUUAAGCGGGGGGUUGUUCUUUAUACCCAAGCAAGCAGGGUAUUCUACUUGACAAUAUAA